AUGCAGCUCAUUCCCACUAUAGCCGCCGCUACCGCGGUCCUCACCGGCAGCGUGUCUGCUGUGAACUUCACCGGCGAUGUCGUGAAUGGUGUCCCGGUCAUCAGCGGCCUUGACCUCGCUGAUGUACCUCCGCAGACUGUCUCGAAAUACUACAUGCGAGCUGGUGAGCUUAAUGGCGGUCACCCUGUCCACAUACCAAUUAUGGUUGCACGUGGAACACCAGAAAGUUUGGAAACGGGCAAAAAACUGUCACUGUCAGCUUCCAUUCAUGGGGACGAGCUGAACCCGGUUCGCGUGGUGCAACGCAUCUUCGAGCAGCUUCAAGACCAAGUCGCGACACUCAAUGGCACAGUCAUUGGUAUUCCCACCGUGAAUCCGAUGGGCAUCUACUUGAACCAGCGAAACUACUUCACCUCAGGCGCUUCAGGAUCGCUUACAAACGUUAACCGCAUCUUUCCUGGUACCGCAGCCACGGAAGGAGGUAGUGGCCCUCAAAUUCUAGCUUACAACAUAUGGAAUCAGAUCUGGGCAAACACAUCCAAUGUGGAUGUUGGCAUUGAUCUCCAUACCCCCAGUUCUGGCGGAGAGACUUCGCUGUGGUGCUAUUCUGACUUCCGCCUACCCUAUGUGGAGCGUCUGGCCAAGCUCCUCCAACCCGAUACUCUCAAAAUUGAUCCUGGUGAGCCAGGAUCCAUCGAGACAACUUUCGUCGAUUAUGGUAUUCCUUCACUCACUGUGGAGAUGGGCCAGGCUAAGGUCUGGAACAACAGCCUAAUCGACCGUGUAGUCGAUUAUGUGAACCGCGUCAUGGUCGACCUCAAGAUCACACCUACCAACGAAACCGUGGAGCCCGACCUGAGCAACACAUACAUGAUCACUACUUUCCAUGAUACAUGGUCACAAUAUGGAGGAUUCGUCGAGAGGCUUGUAGCUGUCGAUGAGCCAGUCACCAAAGGCCAGCCUAUUGCUCACAUCCGGAACCCCUUUGGUGAUAUCAUCGAAACACUACUCUCGCCGGAGACUGGACGUAUGUUCCAGAGCCCACGCGACCCUAGCAUCGAGCCUGGCGGCAGUGUUGGACAGAUUGCUUACAACAGCACGGACCCAGAGUGUGCUGAUGGGUGUAUCCUGUCGGGUCCUCAAGGAAGAAGAUAA